CUAUCCCAGAAAGAAAAAAGAGAGAGAGAGAAAGGUCUUUUUUUUUUCUUUCUUUCUUCUAUCUCAACUCUCAAGAUCUAGGGUUUCCCAUUUCUUCUAUUGUACAUAGAAGUACUGAACCUCAUCUGAUUGUCUUCCAUAGUUAAUGAAUUUCGAGGUCUCUAUUCUUGUAAUUUAAGCUACUCUUUCUGUCCUGGCAUGGCAGAAGAAGAGAAAAAGAGUAGGGAAAGGUAGCUAGCUAUACCCAGAAGGCUCUAAUCCCUAAUUAUCGCUAGCUUUGUUCGGUGUUAAUUAAUCAAUCUGGAUUUGCUAUUCGUUAAAGGUUAAGGUUGUAUGAGUUAAGGUAAGAAAGAAGAACAGAAAGUGGAAAAAAAAAAGAUUUCAAUAGAAAAAGAUGGAGGCGAGCCUGAGUAGUGGUCGGUCGGAAUGUUUGAAAACAAGUCCUUCCAACCAAAAUGAUGAUCAGGGUGGGAUAAGUGAAAGCGGAGAGAAUGAUGAUGAAAGCAAUAAGACUCAAAAUGGAGGGAGCUCAAGCAACAGCACCAUCGACGAAAGCGAAAAGAGGGGGUCCUCUGUAAGGCCUUAUGUUAGAUCCAAGCUGCCUAGACUCCGGUGGACACCCGAUCUUCAUCUCCGUUUUGUUCAUGCUGUGGAAAGGCUCGGUGGACAAGAGAGAGCAACUCCGAAAUUGGUUCUUCAACUCAUGAACAUCAAAGGACUAAGUAUUGCACAUGUCAAGAGCCAUUUACAGAUGUAUAGAAGCAAGAAGACUGAUGAUCCAAGCCAAGUAAUAGCAGAUCAUAGGCAUCUUGUGGAAUGUGGAGAUAGAAAUAUUUAUAAUUUCAGUCAGCUCCCUAUGCUUCAAGGAUAUAAUUAUAACCAAACACACAGUUCCAGCUUCAGAUAUGGAUACCAUGACAAUGCUUCUCCUUGGAAUGCUUAUAAUGGAAACUUAAAGCAUUCAAGAUCAUCAUCAUCAUCAUCAUCUCCAUUUUACGGCACGGAUAAGAUCUUCGGAGGAAACACAACAACUAGCAAUUGGGCUUCCACUUUCCAUUUCCCAACUGGUAUUUCCUCAUUCAGUACUACUCAUGAUCAACAGUCAAGCAGUUGGAAAAUUCACAAACCGAAAGAUGAAAUGCUAAUCCAACCAUACCAAAACCGCGAAAGUUGGACCCAUUAUAACAAUCUGCAACCAAAAGCAGUACAGGAGCUCACAGGUUUGAACAAGAAUAAUAACAAUAAUAAUAAUAACAAUAACAAUAAUGCCCUACCAGAUUCCAAUACAAGAACUAGCAUACAAGAUUGGAAGAUGCCAAAAAGAAAAGCUUCGGAUAAUUGCAACCUUGAUCUUGAUCUGUCCCUGAGGAUAACAUCGAGGAAUGAAAUGGAUCAGAAUCACCAGAAAAGUAGCACUUUGUUAGGAGAGGACGAAGUUGAUAGCAAUCUGUCGUUGUCUUUGUACUCCUCGUCGACGUCGUUGUCUUUGAAGUCGUCUGCAAAGCUUAGCAGGUUGAAGGUGGAAGGAACAGAGGAUAGAAAAGAUCAGCACGCGAGAAAGAGAGCAAGUACUCUGGAUCUGACUAUAUGAAUGAGACAAUUCUAAGUGAGAUCUUGAGGUACUUGUUCUUCUUUAAAUAAAAAAAGCCAUGUUUAUGAUCAUUGUCUUUGUUGCACUAUCAUACAAAUCAAUAACAUCAUCUACCACUUCUUUCUCUUUCUUU